UCCACCAGAGUUCACUCGCCGAGUUCCUCAAAAAAACAAAACACAAAACUAUUUCAACAUGAAAUUCCUGUCGCUCGCCUUCGUCUUGGGUCUGGUCGCCCUCGCCAGCGCCACUCCCCUGAAUCCCGGCAAUGUCAUCAUCAACGGCGACUGCCGCGUCUGCAAUGUGCGAGCUUAGGGUCACUGAGAUGGAGGAAGGAAUACAAUCCAGCUAUCGGUCAAUUUAGAAAAUGCACACCGCCAUAC